AUGGAGGAAAAGUACUUUCAAGCAAAAGCAGGUUUGGUUUCUAAAUUACGACCUGCUACUCCCGUCGCUUCCACAUGUCCCGCAGUAGCUCGUGAGGCACCUGGCCCUAACAACGUGAAGCUUCCCACCAUUACCCUUCCCGAGUUUGAUGGCGACUUCAACAACUGGUUGACAUUUCAUGACACGUUCCGAUCCAUGAUACACUCAUCCACGGAAAUUUCUUUUGUUCAGAAAUUUCAUUAUUUACGAGCAUCGCUGAAAGGAGAAGCUGCCAAUCUGAUCCAGUCUAUUACGAUUACCGCUAACAACUACACCGUCGCUUGGGACACAUUGGUUCAACGUUACUCGAACAAGGCCCUACUGCGUAAGAAGUAA